AUGGCCAGCAGCUUCACAUCGUGCGCCGUAAGGUCGGCAGGCCGCCUGGGCUCCAACCCGCGCGUUACUGUCGCUUCCCUGCGCGGCCUGUCCCGCGCCACCGUCAUCGCCAGUCGCCAGCAGGGCCGCGGAUAUGUCUCCGAGUCCAAGAGGGACAACGCCCAGGUCGAGACGGCCAUCAAGCUCGACAAGAAGGACUUCAUAGACAUUCCCCCUCCGUCCAUGGACUCUCCCGCCAAUGCCAAGGUCAGCCCGAUGGCUGAGGUAUUGAAGCAGGCCGCUGUCAUGGAAGAGGGCCAACGACCAAUCUACCUCGACAUGCAAGCCACCACUCCCGUCGAUCCUCGAGUCCUCGAUGCCAUGAUGCCCUUCUACGUCAGCAUCUACGGCAACCCCCAUUCUCGAACACACGCCUACGGCUGGGAGAGUGAGAAGGCCGUCGAGGAGGCCCGUGAGCACAUCGCCGCUCUUAUCGGCGCCGACCCCAAGGAAAUCAUCUUCACCAGCGGUGCCACCGAGAGCAACAACAUGAGCAUCAAGGGUGUCGCCCGCUUCUUCGGCCGUUCGGGCAAGAAGAAGCACAUCAUCACCACCCAGACCGAGCACAAGUGCGUUCUCGACAGUUGUCGCCAUCUCCAGGAUGAGGGCUUCGAGAUCACCUACCUCCCUGUGCAGAACAACGGCCUCAUCCGGAUGGAAGACCUAGAGGCGGCUAUUCGACCCGAGACUGCUCUCGUCAGUGUCAUGGCCGUCAACAACGAGAUCGGUGUCAUCCAGCCUAUCGCUGAGAUCGGCAAGCUGUGCCGCAAGAAGAAGAUCUUCUUCCACACUGAUGCUGCCCAGGCUGUGGGCAAGAUUCCCCUCGACGUCAACGCCAUGAACAUUGAUCUCAUGUCGAUUUCCUCGCACAAGAUUUAUGGUCCCAAGGGCAUUGGCGCCUGCUAUGUCCGAAGACGGCCUAGGGUCAGACUCGACCCCCUCAUCACUGGUGGUGGCCAGGAGCGAGGUCUCCGAAGCGGAACCCUCGCCCCGCCGCUGGUUGCUGGCUUCGGCGAGGCUUGCCGCAUCGCCAAACUGGAGAUGGAAUACGACACCAAGCGUGUCAAGUACCUCUCGGACCGUCUGCUCAACGGCCUUCUUGCCAUGGAGCACACCACCCAGAACGGUGCGGCCAACUCCUUCUACCCCGGCUGCGUCAACGUGUCGUUUGCCUACGUUGAGGGCGAGUCCCUCCUGAUGGCCCUCAAGGACAUUGCGCUGUCUUCCGGCAGUGCCUGUACUUCGGCCUCGCUGGAGCCCAGUUACGUCCUCCGAGCCCUUGGAAAUAGCGACGAGAGCGCUCACAGCAGUAUCCGCUUUGGUAUCGGCCGUUUCACCACCGAGGCUGAGAUUGACUACGUCCUGAAGGCUGUGCAAGAGCGCGUCACCUUCCUGCGAGAGCUCAGCCCCUUGUGGGAGCUGGUGCAGGAGGGUAUCGACCUGAACACCAUCCAGUGGAGCCAGCACUAA